AUGGAAAAGGAAAUGUGUGGUAUUUCUGUUGAGAAAAGGCUUAGACUAUUUGGUUUUGAGCUAGAUCCAAUUAAGAAUAGUAUUGAAGGACCUGUGAAAGAGUGUAAUGAAGGAGAUGAAAGUGUGAAUUCCUCUAAUUCAUUUUCAUCCGGAGAGAAAAUUGUGCAAGAAAAAGUUUCAUCUAGAGACCAAGAUGAGAGAAAAUUUGAGUGUCAAUAUUGUUUUAAAGAAUUUGCAAACUCACAAGCAUUAGGAGGCCAUCAAAAUGCACACAAGAAAGAAAGAAUGAAGAAAAAAAGAUUGCAACUUCAAGCUAGAAAAGCUAGCAUAAACUACUAUUUACAACCUUUUCAAAAGAAUCACCAUAGUUUUUCUUCUUACCAUGGUUCUUCUGAUACUCAUUGGUUUUAUGACCCUUCUUCUUAUAAUAGCUCUGAAUUCUCUUUGUGUGAAGAGUCUCAAAUUAGUUUCAAGUCAAAAAAUGUUCAUGAUGCCAAUUCUUGGUAUUCUUUCCCUUCUCAUCAUGUUCCUACCUCUCAACAAGACACUUGCAUGUUUACUUUCUCUAAUAAUGAUGUUAGGCCUUUCAUUUUGGAUCCUUCUUCAAAUCAAAGUCAUAGUAAAGCUUUAGAUCUUCAAUUAGGUCUCAAUUUGGAGUCAAAUUCAACAAGCUCUUUGAAAAGGAUGUAG